AUGCACAAAAAGUCCUUGGAAGACGGCGAGUGGAAGUCUUCCCUGCCGGAACCGCCUCCCAUCCCUAAGUCUCGCUGGAUGGAGAGGCUGUGCCCGGAAUUUCUAUCCCGAUCAGAUCAUGGCCCGGAUCAUGACAAAUUGCCGACCUCUGCUCCUCGACCUCGACGAACAGCCUACCUAGACGGUCUGCGCGGAUUUGCCGCUCUACUGGUGUAUUGGCACCAUCAUCAACUUUGGGCCCACGACAGGAUUGGAGCGGAGCGCAUCUUCGAGAACGCGUACGGAUAUGAGAACCAACGCUACCUGGUCGCCUUCCCGGGGAUUCGCAACUUUUUCUCGGGCGGACAUUUCGCAGUUAGCGUCUUCUUCGUGCUCUCUGGAUAUGUCCUGUCGGCGAAACCGCUGGCGUUGAUCAACGCAGGGGAGCGUGUCGCGCUGAGCGACAAUCUCGCGUCAGCUUUGUUCCGUCGCUGGUUGCGCCUCUUCCUGCCCGUUAUUGCCACGACCUUCAUCUACAUGACUUUCCUGCACGUCUUCCGCGUGAAAACGGUGCCCGAACUGCAAGGCGGCUAUGGCGCAGAGCUCUGGAACUGGUACGCCGAGUUCAAGAACUUCAGCUUCAUCUUCCGGGGCGGAGGUGAGCCGUGGUUCACCUACAAUGUCCACUCGUGGUCCAUCCCGGUGGAAUUCCGCGGAUCGAUCAUCGUCUACACGGCGCUGUUGGCCUUCUCCCACUGUCGCCGAUCCAUGCGGUUAGCCUGUGAGGCCGGCCUGGUCUUCUAUUUUCUUUACAUUGCAGAUGGCUGGUUCGGAGCAUUGUUCAUGUCGGGCAUGCUCCUGUGCGAUCUGGAUCAGCUCGCGGCGCGGGACCAGCUGCCCGAAUGCUUCGUCAUGCUGGAGCCGUACCGCGAGGGGAUCUUUCCUGUUCUGCUCGCGAUCAGCAUAUACCUUGGGGGAGUCCCUUCGCGGAGCCUCAAGGUGGAGAUCCUCCGCGAGUCCCCCGGGUGGUAUUACCUGUCUCUGUUGAAGCCUCAGGCGGUCUUCGACUAUAAGUGGUUCUACCUCUUCUGGGCAGCGACCUUUCUGGUUGCCUCGCUGCCACGCAUGCCAUGGUUGAAGCGAUUUUUCGAGACCCCCAUCAAUCAGUACCUCGGACGGGUGUCGUUUGCCUUCUACCUCGUCCAUGGCCCCGUGCUGUGGGUGCUGGGCGAUCGGCUGUACGCCGCGGUCGGAUGGGCGCGCGAUUCACAUGCAUCGAACUGCCCUGGCUGGAUUAACCGACUGCCGUUGCCGCACGUCGGGCCCCUGGGGCUGGAGGUGAGCUUCCUUGCACCGCAGCUGAUCCUGCUGCCGGUGACGCUGUGGUUGGCAGAGAUAGUGACCCGCUGGAUUGACGAGCCGAGCGUGCGAGUAGCGCAGUGGCUGUACCGACGGACACUGGGAAAUGACGCCUAG